AUGACAAAAUACUCCACUGUGAAGACUCAGAUUCUUUUGAUGGAUCCUUUACCUGCUCUAAAUAAAGUUUUCUCUCUCGUUGUUCAGCAGGAAAGGCAGAUUUUUGGUGAACAAGGUACUCUUUCACAGGCCUUAGCAGUAGCUGGAAGAGGAGGAAGAAAUUUUAGAAACAACAAUGCACGUAAUUCUGGUUUUAAUGCAGCAGGAAGAGGGAGCUAUGGUCGAGGAAAGGGCAUAAAAAUAUGCAGUCAUUGUGGUAUACCUGGGCAUACUGUGGAUACAUGUUAUAAGAAACAUGGUCCUCCACCACAUCUUAAGUCUACAAAACAGAAUCAAGAUCAUGGUUAUGCCAAUGCAGUGUACCAAAAUAAUAAUUCUGAUGUUGAAAAGGAUGAAAGUCCAAAGGAUGAAGUGCAAAGUCACCAAACUAGCUUCACUGCAGAGCAGUAUCAAGGAUUAAUGGCUUUACUCCAACAAUCAAAAAUCAACAACAACGCUUCAAAUCAGGUUUCAGUUGUGCCUUCCACAUCCUCAGUUCAGAAAGAGUCAUCACAUUCUGGACAAGAAUUCAUUGAAGAUGAUUGGUUCAGCUAGAGUGCAUGAUAGACUUUAUAUACUCAGGGUGCCUUCACAACAAAACCUUCAAUUCAUCAGGCCUUUAAAAUCACCUGCCCUCCUUGCUAAUGCUGUUAGUUUUAUUUCUAGUGAUCAUGAGACUCUUUGGCAUUUUAGAUUAGGACAUGUUUCAAACAAGUGUAUGGAUAUUAUCAAAAGCAAGUUUUCCUAUGUGAAGAGUGAUAAAUCCUAUGUUUGUGACAUUUGUCAUUAUGCAAAGCAAAAAAGACUUCCAUUUCCUGUUAGUGUUUCUGUUAGGACCCCAUUGCAAGGUAUGGGACUUGAGUCCCACAUUGGAAGUAUGGGAUUCUAAUGUGGGGUUUAUAAGGCCUUGGGCUCUCCAACUACAACAGCUAGCUUUUGUGGUGUGGUUCUCCCAAGGUUCUUAUCAAUGGUAUCAGAGCCUUCCACCAUGUCUCUGAGCUGCAAACGAGCGGCGCAGGUGGUGACGCCGGCAUUGCAGUGUUCACCCGGGACUAGUCAAGGGGCUAGUGCACAGCCAGCCCGCGUGGGCGCCGGGGCUGCGGAGCGUGGUGGGAUGUUAGGACCCCAUUGCAAGGUAUGGGACUUGAGUCCCACAUUGGAAGUAUGGGAUUCUAAUGUGGGGUUUAUAAGGCCUUGGGCUCUCCAACUACAACAGCUAGCUUUUGUGGUGUGGUUCUCCCAAGGUUCUUAUCAGUUUCCAAUACUGCUCACUGUUUUGAUCUCAUACAUGUUGAUUUAUUGGGGCCAUAUUCCAUCCCAUCUAUUCAUGGACAUAAGUAUUUCUUAACAAUUGUGGAUGACCAUUCUAGAUACACUUGGAUAUUUCCUUUGAAACAAAAAUCUGAAACAACAAAAAUUCUGCAGAAUUUUGUUAAUUUGAUACAUACUCAGUUUUCAACUAGUAUAAAAAUUAUUAGAAGUGACAAUGGAACUGAGUUCUUCAUGUCAGAAUUCUAUGCAAAUAAAGGUAUUAUACAUCAAACAUCACGUGUCAAUACUCCUCAGCAAAACAGCAUUGUAGAAAGAAAGCAUGGACAUCUAUUGAAUGUAGCUAGAGCUCUCAUGUUACAAUCAAAUUUGCCCAACAUUUAUUGGUCAUAUUCUGUUCUACAUGCAUCAUACAUUAUAAAUUUACUUCCCACACCUGUUUUAAAUAACUCUUCACCACAUGAAGUUCUUUUCAAAAGUGAACCAGAUUUUUCACACUUGAGAACCUUUGGGUCAUUAUGCUUUGCCAAUACAUCAUCUGUGAACAGAAAGAAAUUUGAACCAAGAGCUUGUAAGUGUGUUUUUCUUGGUUUUAAGUCAGGGACAAAGGGGUUUGUUUUGCUAAAUACUCAAACUAGGGAGUUGUUUAUAUCAAGGGAUGUUGUCUUUCAUGAACAUUUGUUUCCUUAUAGAGAGUCUCAGAUCAAUAAAAGUGAAGUUAACAUCCCCACCAUCCAUGAGGAAGAUCAUUUCAAUUAUGAUACUGAUCUUCAUUUAUCUCCUGUUGUUGAAGCUUCACAUUUGGAACCAACACCCUCAAAUGAUGAAACCAGCGAAAAUCAUAUCCCUGAAAAUGUCGAAAAUCCUGUCCCUGAAAACCUUUCACCAGAAAAUGGAUUGAAUCAGCCUGACAUUAAUCACCACACCCCCUUCCAGCCAUGAAUAGAAGAAGCACUAGAAUAAGAAAGGCACCUGAUUAUUUAAAGGAUUAUCAUUGCAGUUCUAAUGUUGUUAACAAUUCAUCUAGCAUCAAGUAUCCAUUGUCUUCUGUUAUAUCUUACAAUAAUUUGUCUGCUAACUAUGGUUCUUUUGUCAUGUCUUUGUCCUCACAAACUGAACCAAGCACAUAUUCAGAAGCUGUGAAAAGUGAUUGUUGGAGGAAAGCCAUCCAAUCUGAGAUAUCUGCCCUGGAGUCAAAUCAGACUUGGGAAGCUUCAUUUCUACCUAAGGACAAGGUUGCUAUAGGUUGCAAGUGGGUGUUCAAAAUAAAAUACAAAGCUGAUGGAACUAUUGAGAGGCAUAAAGCAAGAUUAGUGGCAAAAGGAUACACCCAAACCAAAGGUAUUGAUUACCUUGAAACAUUUUCUCCGGUGGCAAAAAUGACAACUAUAAGACUGCUUCUCUCUCUUGCUUCAACUUUCAAUUGGGAAUUACAACAGCUAGACAUAAAUAAUGCUUUCUUGCAUGGGGAAUUGAAAGAAGAAGUGUAUAUGGUUGCUCCUCCAGGCUUGAACUCUAUACAGCCAGGUCAAGUUUUAAAGCUAAAAUAGGCUUUAUAUGGUCUCAAGCAGGCAAGUAGAGAGUGGUUUGCCCGAUUAUCAUCCUUUCUUCUAUCAGCUGGUUACACUCAAUCAAUGAAUGAUCAUUCCUUGUUCAUUAACUCUUGUGAAGGAUCUUUUACAGCCAUAUUAGUUUAUGUGGAUGAUAUUAUUAUGGCUGGAAAUGACAGUGAAGAGAUUAAUAGAAUGAAGCAGGGUUUGGACAAGACCUUCAAAAUUAAGGACCUGGGAAAUUUGAGAUAUUUCCUCGGGUUGGAAGUCGCUAGAAGCAAGCAGGGUAUCACAGUGAAUCAAAGAAAAUAUACUUUAGAUUUGUUGUCAGAAGCAGGUCUUUUGGCAUGUAAACCGGCUGCAACACCAAUUGAUAAUGUUAAGAAACUGUCAUCGAUGAGAGAUGAAGAAUAUUCAGAUGUUGCUUCUUAUCGAAGGCUGAUAAGGAGGUUGAUGUAUUUGACUAAUACAAGACCAGAUAUUGCUUUUUCUGUUCAGCAAUUGUCUCAAUUUCUAUCCAAGCCAUCUGUAACCCACUACAAUGCUGCCCUCAGAAUUUUAAGAUACAUCAAAGGUGCUCCAGGUCUUGGAUUAUUCUUUCCGUGUAAAUCUGUUCCUCAACUUAAAGCAUAUUGUGACAGUGACUGGGCCACAUGUGAGGAAUCAAGAAGAUCAGAUACAGGAUUUAGUGUUUAUCUUGGGAAUUCACUCAUAUCUUGGAAAUCAAAAAAACAAAACACCACAUCAAGGAGUUCCUGUGAGGCAGAAUAUCGAGCGAUGGCAAGCGUGACUUGCGAAAUUCAAUGGUUAACUUAUCUUCUACAGGAUUUGAAGGUUCCUUUUGAACAACCAGCAUUAGUUUAUUGUGACAAUAAUUCAGCAAGGCAUAUCGCAGCCAACCCUGUCUUUCAUGAGCGUACAAAACACAUAGAAAUAGAUUGCCACAUUGUAAGAGAAAGGAUUCAGAAAGGAUUAAUUCAUCUGCUUCCUAUAUCAUCAUCUGAGCAAUUGGCUGACAUCUACACUAAGGCUCUCAGUCCACAAAAUUUUCAUCAGAUUUGUGCCAAGCUGGGUCUCAUAAACAUAUGUUCUCCAGCUUGCGGGGGAUAUCAAAAGAAGUAGCUGACUCAAGGCUUCUAGAAGGAAGUUAACAUAACAACAUGACUAUGUCUAUUCCUAUUCCUUUUAUUCUGGAAUGAUCUUUUCUGAUAAACUCUUAGUUAUUUUAUACAGCUGUCUUCUAUUCUAGAAUCCUCUCACAUCUUCCUUUUCUAUGUAGAGCAGUGUAUUUAAAUGUGUGGUUUUCUAUCUUUGAAUAGUAGUUUUGAAUGAAUCAAAUUCAUCUCAUAUACUCAA